AUGAACGCGCUCGUGCGCACGUCCGUGUCCCUCGCCGGCCUCGCGCUUCCCGUCGCGUCCUCGAUUGGAUCUCAACGUCAUGCGAUGGUCGCCGUGCCCCUCUCGCCGGCCUCGCGCCGCGGAUGCACCUCGGUGCGUCGCACCGGCACCGCCGCCGUGCUCCGUCGCGAUAACGCGCUUUCCUUUGGACCUCUCUCGCGCCUCCAUCGCCGCGUGGCUUCGGUCAUCGCGCGCGCCGCGGGUGAUGCCGAGGAGAGCAUAAGUGAAUCCUCGGCGGUGACUGUGGACACGGCGGGUGCUCCCGGGGUGUGGUACGGCAGAGCGCUGCUCAUCUUCGUGGCGGCGGCGUACGGGUCGCUCUCCGUCGCGUUCAAGUACGUGUACAGCCUGCCCGGCCCCCCGUCGGCGGGUACCAUCGGCGCCGUCAGGGGCGUCAUCGCGGCGCUCUGCUUCAUUCCCAUGAUCAUGAACGCUAAAAAAGGCGAGCUGGAGGCGGGUUCGAUGAACAUCAACACGGAGGAGGGCAAGAAGAAGUUCUGGCUCGCCGCUGGUGAGCUGGCGCUCUGGAACCUCCUGGCACAGGGGUGCUGCAACGUGGCGCUGCUGUUCACCGACGCCACCAGGGUAUCCUUUCUUACCCAGGCAUCCAUCGCGUUCACCCCCGUGCUGUGCGUGAUGAUCGGCGAUAGGGUGGCGGGCAUCACCUGGGUCGGUUGCCUCCUCGCGCUCGCGGGUGUCGUCGCCCUCGGCUUCGACGGCGGCGGGUCGGCUGCGGCGGCGGCUCAGUCCAUCGGUCUCAACCUGGGCGACAUCAUCGCGCUCAUCGGCGCGGCCGCGUACUCCCUCUACAUCUUCCGCAUCGGCGCGUUCGCCAAGAUGAAGCUCCCGGGUAACCUGACGCAGGCGUGGAAGACGGUCAUCCUCGCCGUGCUCUACUGCGUGUGGGCGGCGGCGGAUGCGAUCAAGUACGCCACGGCGGCUCCCGGAACCGUCGCGGCGCCGUGGGCGGGCUGGACGAACCCCUUGGCGUGGGCGGUGCUCGCCUUCACCGCGAUCGUGCCGGGCUACCUCGCGGACGUUUGUCAGGCCAAGGGUCAGGAGAGCGUGAGCGCGAGCGAGUCGCAGGUGCUGCUGGCUGGCGAGCCCCUGUUCGCAGCCGUGUUUGGGUUGGUUCUCCUUGGAGAGACGUUGGGUUUCAUGGGCCUCGUCGGGGGAGCAGGUCUCGUGGUGGGUGCCAUCUUGUGUGGUGUAGACGACGGGUCGGGGAAGUCGGAUUGA